CUGUGGAAUUGCAGUAUUACAGAGAAACAGUGUCUCAUCCUGACUUCAGCUCUGAAAUCAAACCCAUCACACCUGAGAGAGCUGGACCUGAGUGGGAAUAAAAUAGAAAACACAGGAGUGAAUCACUUAUGUGACGUACUGAAGGAUUCACACUGUAAUCUGGAGAGAUUGAGGUUAAGCUGCUGUUAUAUGACAGAUGAAGGUUGUUCUGUUGUGACUUCUCUAAAAAAAGCUCUAAAAUCAAACCCAUCACACCUGAGAGAGCUGAACCUGAGCGGGAAUAAACUAGGAGACUCUGGAGUGAAAAACCUCAGCGAUCUACUGAUGAACCCACAAUUCAAGCUGGAGAAACUACAUCUGUGUGAAUGCAGUAUUACAGAGAAACAGUGUCUCAUCCUGACUUCAGCUCUGAAAUCAAACCCAUCACACCUGAGAGAACUGAACCUGAGCUGGAAUCAAAUAAAGAACACAGGAGUGAAUCACUUAUGUGACGUACUGAAGGAUUCACACUGUAAUCUGGAGAGAUUGAGGUUAAAAGGCUGUGAUAUGACAGAUGAAGGUUGUUCUGCUGUGACUUCGGCUCUGAAAUCAAACCCAUCACACCUGAGAGAGCUGGACCUGAGAAUGAAUGAACUAGGAGAUGCUGGAGUGAAAAACCUCAGUGAUCUACUGAUGAACCCACAAUGCAAGCUGGAAAUACUAGAUUUGUGUGGAUGCAGUAUUACACAUGAACAGUGUCUCAUCCUGACUUCAGCUCUGAAAUCAAACCCAUCACACCUGAGAGAACUGGACCUGAGUGAGAAUCAAAUAAAAAACACAGGAAUGAGUCACUUAUGUGACGUACUGAAGGAUUCACACUGUAAACUGGAGAGACUGAGUCUAAAUUUCUGUGGCAUUACAGACGUUUCUGCUUUAACUCAGGCUUUGACAAACACAAAAGCACUGCAGUUUCUAAAAGAGCUUGAUCUGAGAAACAAUAUGAUUGGAGACUCAAAGCAGCAGCUCAUUGAUGUGCUACGAGACUCAAACUGUAAACUGAGACUAGACCGUGAACAGCCUUUGUUUAGAGCUGCUACAAAGCACACUGGUAUGCAGUUUACAUCCUGGUCUAAAUCUUAGAAACCUGUGAAAUGAAAAGGAGCUUCAUUAUCAGGUGGAGCAGUGAAGGGAAUAGAGUCAAUGGUCAGAACAGAGAGGAUUCUGGGUCUUCAGUAUAAAGCCUACAAUCAUAAUGCUUUUGGGAUUAAUGCUAAUCAUAAUUCUAAUUAUCAAAUUCAGCAGUCAGAUAUAUUUUUUACAUUUACAUAUUUUUAAUAUUUGGUAUAUAAUGUAUCAAAAUCAUGUAAGCUACAUUUUCUAAUGUGAGACAAAAGAUGUGUUUGCUGUAAACAGAGACAUUAUAUGAUUUUAUCUCAGGUCAGUUGUACUUGAUAUUGUUUUAUGAGCUUUAAUACAAGUUUGAACUAAAGA